GACCCAAUGCCUGAUACCUUGAAAGAGGUAUCAUUCCUACCAUUUGCAUCAUGCCAUGAUAUGCUCUCAGUUUUUAUACUGAACUCUACAGCUCCUAUGAUACAACCUCUGAGGCCUGAAUGACAGGAUGGAACAAUAGGGCUGAUACCUUUGCUUUGUCAAGCCGAGGAAAGUUGGUCACCUGUUGAUAGGUGAACUGGCCUCUGACUGUCUUGGACCCUACAGAAGGGAGGGAGUAUCCAUGCACAUAAUGCACCACAGUAACUCUGGUCAUCAUCUUUCUCCACUCUGGUGACUAGGUCUCUCCUUGCCACUUUUUCUCCCUCUUGAGGCUGUCUUGUUUCUCUCCUCCUCCGCCUCUGCCUCUGUCGGUCCUUAGCCUUUGAAGUCUGCCUCUGACCACCUCACUACCAAAUACCCACACACACUAGUCUGGAGUUGGGGUUAGAAUUUAUUAUUAGAUGCUUCAGGUUCAAUUGCUGAUUUAUUUCAUGCUAAAAUAUGCAAUGGAGGUAUUACUCUCAGAAUCUAGCGUCAUCACCACAUACUACUUUCAUUGGUCCACGAGCAAAGUGGCACUUUUUCUUGCAUGUCUUGGUCUAACAGUUCUUCCAGUAAACAUUGUUGUUGGAAGCUACAUCAGCAACAUGUUUGAAGACAGGCAAAUUUUAUUAGCAUCUGAAAUUAUGGUUUGCAUCGGCAUACUACUGAGCUUCCAUAUAGUAAUUCCGUAUUCUGUGCCACAAUAUGUCUGCUCAGGACUCAUAAUGUUUGUCUUCGCCGAAGUACUAGAGGGUGUCAACUUGUCUCUCCUCUCUCGGGUCAUGUCAUCUAGGCUAUCCCGUGGAACCUACAAUGGUGGAUUGCUUUCAACUGAAGCUGGAACAAUUGCUCGAGUGAUUGCAGAUGGCACGAUAACAUUGGCUGGGUACUUGGGCAACAGUAGGCUCUUGAAUGCCACCUUACUCCCUUCGCUCUUGAUUUGCAUAACCUCUAUUAUUGCCACCUGCUGUACCUACAACUCGCUUUACUAGUUCAGUCUCUUGGAUUAAAAAUUAUCAUUAGGUCCCAAUUUAUAAACCAUUGCCAAUUCUCUCUAGUUAGGUUAAAAAAUGUUUGUGUUUGGUCUAUAUGUCAUUCAAUUCUUUGCCUUUCAUGUAUCAAUCAAUAAUGCUGUGUAAUUAUGAAAAUAAUCCAUUGAUUUUCUCCCUGGAGUCAGAUUCUAAUAAAUUAUAAUUUGGUUCUUAA